AGUGUUGUCAGCAUUGCGUCAUCAGUAGCGCCUGUGAGGAGGAGAGCAGCGAUCAUUCAAUUAUUUUGUUUCAUCAAUAAAUUUGAAUUAGAAUCAUAUUUAACUGCGUUAUAAAAACAUCUGUUAGAGCAGCGCGUGUGAUCCGACUGACUGUUUGUAAAGUGUUUAAAGGUGGACUGACAGUUGAGAGAUCCGGCAGUAUGGCAUCAACGAGCGGUCAGGGGGGCGGAGCUCUGUCCACGAGAGGCGGAGCUACAACCAAGAGAAUGAAAUGGGCUUUAGAACUGAGUCUAGGCAACAGCAGGAAUCGUGGUGACCGGCAGAGUAAAGAAGGUGAUGUCAUGUAUCCUGUGGGAUAUUCAGAUAAACCCGUCCCGGACACGAGCGUACAGGAGGCCGACCGAAACCUGGUAGAGAAGAGAUGUUGGGACGUGGCUUUAGGACCGCUGAAGCAGAUCCCCAUGAACCUGUUCAUCAUGUAUAUGUCUGGAAACACCAUCUCCAUCUUCCCCAUCAUGAUGGUGUGUAUGAUGGCCUGGAGACCCAUUCAAGCGCUCAUGUCCAUGUCAGCCACGUUCAAGUUGUUGGAGAGCUCCAGUCAGCAGUGGCUGCAGGGUUUGGUUUACCUCAUCGGUAACCUGCUCGGAUCGGCAUUGGCCAUAUACAAGUGUCAAUCCAUGGGGCUCCUCCCAACACACUCAUCUGAUUGGCUGGCUUUCAUUGAACCACCACAGAGAAUGGAGAUCAUGGGUGGAGGAAUGGUCAUGUGAAACACACACACAUAAAUGCUGAACAUUUAACAUUAACAUUUUUAAUCCCACAUGCUGAUAAUUAAGUUAUACUUCAUUAAUUAUGUUAACAGUGAUCUUUUGUGUUUUGAACUUUUGCUCUGUUUAAUAAUAUGCUUAAUUAAUAAAGUUGUAUUCCUGUUGUGCUUUUUGAACUCAAACGGUCUGAACAAAUAACUGCUUUAGAUUGGUGAUCUUGUAAAAGAAGUACCUGAAUUUUUCACAUAAAAAGAGUGAACUAUCCUUCAGUGAUUUUUAGUUGAAAUAUGGGUGAAUCAGAGAUUGUACUUUUUUUAGAGGUUUUACUGUUUGUAAUUGUCAUCAGAUUCCCGCAUCCUGCAUCCAAACAACUUGAAUUUGAUAAUUCGGCUUAAAUUAAAAGCAGUCCAACAAAUAAAUGAUUUAUAAAUACUUGAUGUAUGUAUGAAAUGUAAUUGUAGUUGGGGGGGCCUGGGUAGCUCAGUGGUAAAAUACACUGGCUACCACCCCUGGAGUUCGCUAGCUCACUAGUUCGAAUCCCAGGGCAUGCUGAGUGACUCCAGCCAUGUCUCCCAAGCAACCAAAUUGGCCUGGUUGCUAGGGAGGGUAGAGUCACAUGGGGUAACCUCCUCGUGGUCGCUAUAAUGUGGUUCAUUCUCAGUGGGGCGCGUGGUGAGUUGAACGUGGUUGCCACGGUGGAUAGCGUGAAGCCUCCACACACGCUAUGUCUCCGUGGCAAUGCGCUCAACAAGCCACGUGAUAAGAUGCACGGGUUGACGGUCUCAGACGCGGAGGCAACUGGGAUUCGUCCUCCACCACCUGGAUUGAGGCGAGUCACUACACCACCACGAGGACUUAAAAAAAGCACAUUGGGAAUUGGGCAUUCCAAAUUGGGAGAAAAAUUUUUUUUAAUUAUGCAUAGUUUUCUGUAUGCAAAUUGUAAUUAGGGGUCCAAGCACAAAAUGAAACUCCUUUUUUAACUUGCAGUUGGUUUAAUGUCCACGAAAUUUGGUGCAUAUCAUCCAGAGUCCAUCCUGACAAUUUUUCUUUUUGGCCGUGGCCUCUUUUGACUAAUUGGCCAAUAUCUUCUGAACGCAAAGUCCAAUCUUAACAAAAUUUGGUGUUCUUUGAUAAGACAACAUUUUGAGGACAUGCACCAAAUUUCAUACAAAAUCAGCAUAGGUGACGAAAAUAUCUGCGACCGUUUUAUUGACAUAUUUAAAAUUCAGUACAAGACAAUUCAAUAUUCCAUUUGUGCUUAGACAAUUGCUACUUUUUCCUCAUUGUUUUUCUUUUUUAUUUUGGUUGAAUAUGGAUUGCACAUGUUCUUGACAGGUUUCAUGAUAUUCAUCUAUUUACAAUAAAAAUACACCAGUGUUUAGGAGAAAAA